GGAUGGCUGAGGUGCUUCGGUAUAACUUGGCCAGCCGCGGAUGGAAACCGCUCCUCGUCCGGUUUUCUUGUUGCUAUUGUGCUCCCGUUUAAUUAAUCUAACGGCUUCGGUUCAGCUUCCUUAGCGUUGUUUUCCCGCGCCUCGCACUCCCCUGGGUCUGGGUCCACAACGACUGCUUCGUUUCUCUAUGUUUUUUUCUUUAGCAGCCGGUCUCGUUCUUCGCAGGCAUAGCUGCUGUGCCAGGGGACUGAACAAGGCGGGCCUUGCAACAGAAGGAGCAAGACUGGGAGAAGAGGGGAACAGCUGUGCUAAAAUGAGCGUAAAUGGUUGCGGAGCAAGUCUGGGAAGCUUUCUGUUGACACAAAGAGGGAGAAUUGUUUUUUACUCGUGCUGCUUAUCUGUGGUUAUUGUUAUAAGCUGCAGCAGUAUAAGCAUAGAUAGCUAACUGUUCCUAUAAAAACUCAGUUGUCGUGACUUAAUGUGAUACUGUGCUCCUGUAGCUUGUUCCAGCUGUGGAAGCAUAAAUACAUUGUUCCAAACUCUCUUCAACGCAAUUAAAAUGAAUAAAUUAGGCUUGGUGGUUGGUCAGCGGAGAAGGUGUACAAAUGCCACUUGUUAGUACAACUUAGUUGAAGGCUAUCGAUUCGGUUGUUUGCAAUAAUGUGUCUGCAGUGUAAAUGUGCUGGCUGUGACGCUCCUGGUUCUGUGUGAGGUCAGCUUGUAUGCAGCUGUGCUGUCUUCAUCGAACUUGGUAUGUCAUUCACAGACUCGUCAAUGUCAUCGUUGCCGUUAAGAACUUGCUAGAAGAGCUUGGAAGAAAACUUGAAGAAAAACUUUCAUAUCGGUUGCAUUAGGUGAAAAGUUCCGCAAUGAGUAAACGCAAGUCAAAGGAGAGCAGUGGAGCAAAUGGAGACAGUAUUUCACAGGUGCAAAAAAUUUUACGUGAAAGAUUCUGUCAUGAUUGUGCUACUGGAAAACUGUUUGGGAUUGAACAUCAGUACAGGCAUCUGCUGGAACUGCUGAAACGAACUACAGUGCAUGGAGAAAGUAAUUCUGCCCUCAUUAUUGGACCCCGAGGAUCAGGAAAGACUGCGUUAUUAAAUCAUGUCUUAAAAGAGCUCACAGAAAUGAAACAAGUUAGAGAGAACCUCUUGGAAGUUCAUCUGAAUGGGCUUCUGCAAACCAAUGAUAAAGUGGCCCUGAAGGAGAUCACUAGACAGUUGCACCUGGAAAAUGUGGUUGGGGAUAAAGUUUUUGGCAGUUUUGCUGAAAAUCUUGCGUUCCUUCUUGAAGCUUUAAAGAAAGGAGAUCGAACUAGCAGUUGUCCAGUCUUGUUUAUACUGGAUGAAUUUGACUUGUUUGUUCAUCACAAGAAUCAGACACUGCUCUAUAACCUCUUUGAUAUAUCCCAGUCAGCACAGACUCCAGUAACAGUUAUUGGACUCACUUGUAGACAGGAUAUCCUGGAGCUCUUGGAGAAGAGAGUAAAAUCAAGGUUCUCUCACCGACAGAUAUAUUUGACGAAUUCCUUUGAUUUUAAACAAUACAUUAGGAUAUUCAAGGAACAGCUUUCUCUUCCUGCUGGAUUUCCUGAUGAGUCUUUUGCACAAAAAUGGAAUAAAAAUGUUCAGCAUCUCUCAGAGGAUAAAACUGUGCAAGACAUGCUGCAGAACCUUUUUCACCACACUAAAGAUCUGCGCUCACUUCAUUUGCUGUUGAUGCUUGCCGUAAGUAACGUUAAUGUGCAUCACCCGCUUAUCACUGCAUCAGAUCUUCAUGAGGCAAGCAAGCAGUCUAGAAUGGACUCAAAAGCAAAUAUUGUACAUGGUUUGUCUGUCCUGGAAAUCUGCUUAAUUAUAGCUAUGAAACACUUAAAUGAUGUUUAUGAAGGAGAACCAUUUAACUUCCAGAUGGUUUACAACGAAUUCCAGAAGUUCAUACAAAGGAAGGCGCAUUGUAUGUACAACUUUGAAAAGCCGGUUGUCAUGAAGGCAUUUGAACACCUGCUACAACUGGAAUUAGUAAGACCAAUAGAAAGACCAUCUGUACGUGCUCAGAGAGAGUACCUCUUAAUGAAACUGCUUUUGGACAACAAUCAAAUCAUGGAUGCUUUGCAAGCGUAUCCAAACUGCCCGACGGAUGUUAAACAGUGGGCAGCCUCGUCACUCAGUUGGCUGUGAGCUCUUUGGAACUUGCGGUAUCACAUUCUAGAUCCAAGCUUUUGGAGUUAGCUGUAACUCCAGAAGAUGUAAUGUUUACCUUACCCACAGCAGGGUGUUCAGAUUAAUAAAUUUUUGGAAUAAGCUUGCUUUGCUGAUGGAUUUGGGAUUUUGUUUUUUAAGGAGAAUGUAUGUAUACUGAUUUUACCUUCUAAUGGCUAAAUCUGACUUAAAUGCUGAGGCAGUUCAGCUCAGCCCAGUGCUAACUCAUUUCCGCACACAAUUUCUGCUUUGCAGAAAUCAAAGCUCUUUCUUUGGUGUGUCUCAAUCUCCGAUUAUGAGC